AGUCGCGUCGCACCAGUUUCAAUUUUCAAAUGUUUUGUUCUACAGAGUACAGUAACUUCUAUCUUGUUCUUAUUAAUUAAUAGCUUUACAACUGUCAGGUGACUUGCUGGAAAAAUUUGCCGAAAUACUUGCACUGAGAGGGCGGGGGAUGGUUGAUGUCAAAGGAGAUCUUUUGUGAGAAAGUGUACUGUGGACUGUACCUGUAUCCAGUGCUCUUUAAUAGUAAAUCGGUUAGUGAGUUCUCGUCGCUUCUCGCACUUUUCCUUAGGUUGCUGUGAACGUUAAGAACUGUGCGGUUGUGGCGAAUGUGGGUUGUUGACAUAGUUCACUGUAUCUUGAAUUUGUGACUGGACCGUUUCAUAUGUCUUCAACAUCGGUUCGUUCGGAUUUACAGGAAUUGUUGGUAUUUGCUGAAGUCAGUGGAGUGAAAUUCCUGUUCCUCAUGGGCGAUCAUCUCCAUCAUGAAUUUCCUAUCAGUGCAGGCAGACCAGAUACCCAGUGCCGAAAAGAUAAAGUAUCAUGCACAUUUCUUAACACUGCGAUCCAAAGAUGGGAUAAUCGAUCAGUCUACCGCGCGGGAUUUUUUCUUAAAAUCGGGUUUAUCACACGACAUUCUAGCAAAAAUCUGGGAUGCCUCCGAUCGUGAUAAGGAUGGAUUCCUGGAUCUCAAUGAGUUCUGCGUGGCUAUGCAUUAUGUUGUUAAUGCCAUCCGUCAGGAUAAACGAUCGAAAAAUGCGCAGAAUGGUCAAUCCAAGCUCAGUGUGUCUCCAUUGCCACCUGUCAUCAAAACUAGCGCACCGCUUUUGCGUAGCACAUCACCCCCCAAAAAUGGCAGUAUUUCGAGCAUUCCGAUUUCUCUUCGCGGUGAUCAACCCCGUACACAUAUUUCCACAAAUGUCUUGCCUAAAUUAUCUCAAACUCCUAUUUUACCAGUACGACCACUAUCACCUGUUAGUGUUUUGCAGCCGUCUUUACCGGCGCAUUCCGGAAAGAUAAAUCUCGAUCGGACAACAAAUGGACUUAAUCAUGUUGCGAGAUACAAGGAGAUUAUUUUGCAGAAACGGAAGGAAGUGCAACAGCUGCACAGAGAUGUACAGCAGCUUCGCUCCGAACGAAAUACGUACAAAGACACCCUCAGUGAACUGAAUAAGACGAGGUUAGCGGAUUUGAGAUUUUUAUCGGAAAUGAACGGCACGGUACGAAAGAAACGGCAUGAGGUGGAUGAAUUGAGGACGAGAAUUAACAACAUCGCAACAGUUUGUUCUACAUGGGAUAGCGAUGUGAUGCAGAAGCAGCAUUUGCUGACAGAAUUGCGUGCUGCUAAUGAUGAGCUCCGGUCAAGUGAACCUGUGAGGCGAACAUCGUUUUCAACGCUGGACAGCCACAUUGCACAAACGCUGGACCGUCUGGAGCGCUCAAGAAAUGUUGCGGCCUCUAAUGAAGUGAGUAUUGAACUGCUUGGAAAAACAAUGAGAGAUAAAAUGGGCUAUAUUCGUUCGUUGGUUCAGCAAGGUGCCAAACAGAUUUCAGUAAACCGGGAAUUGUGUCAGGCUUUCGAAGAAAAGCGAACUCUGAUCGAGAAUCUGAACACAGACACCACUUCCGGAAGUUCGUAUUCUGUAAUCGCGGAAGACGAAGAGACGUUACUGGCCAUCGCAUCCUACACCGGAGAAACUGCGAAUGAGCUUUCCUUUGUAGAAGGAGAUAUUAUUCGGGCUACAGAAAAGCACACUGAUGGAUGGUGGUUAGGAGAGAAUUCCCUCGGCAACACAGGUUAUUUUCCAGCUAAUUUCUGUCAGGCUUUGAAAACUAGCGAUCGCCGCGAAUCUGUAUCUGAGUUGGUGAAGGAAGAGAACGUUCGUUCGGCACUAGCUCUUUAUCCCUAUGCCGCCCAAAAUUCGGAUGAACUAUCGUUUAAUCAGCACGAACUUAUUGACAUAAUCCCGGCUGAUGGGCUCGAUAAUGACUGGUACAUGGGACGCAGUCGAACCGGAGAACGCGGGUUGGUUCCGGUUAAUUAUUUGAGGCUUAAUUCUGAGAUGGAGAAACAACCUGACGCCGAACCGACGCCGCCCGUGGUAAAAGUGAGUCCAAAACGUCAGUUGGCCGUUCGGGAGCUGAUUGGCACCGAGGAAAAGUACUUGAACCUAAUAACCGCGGUGGUGCAAGUUUACUCCUUUGCUCUGAAAGAACGCCACGCCUGUACUGAGGAUGAACUGAGUCAAUUGUUUUCGGUGUGGGGCGAUAUCAUCGACUGCACCGCUACCCUGGUCAAAGCGUUCAAUGUACGCAGCAAACUGACAGAGGACGGAGCACUGGAGACUGUCGGGGAUAUUCUGUGCGAAUAUUUACCCAACAUCACCCCAUACAUGAAUUUCUGCAGCAGUCAAGUAAAAAUGGGUGAAUUAAUCCGAGAAAAAACAGAAGCAAACCCGACUUUUGCGGAAGUGAUUCGGCAAUGUUCGCAGGAUCCUCGCAUGCAGGGCCUUCCCUUAGCGGCAGCUUAUAUGAAGCCCAUGCAGCGGAUGACGCAGUAUCCAUUGUUAAUCAAACGCAUCUUAGAUUUAACACCCGAACAUCAUCCAGAUUGUGCUGAUCUCAAGGAAGCGCUACGGAAAAGCGAACUGCUCUGUGACCGGGUGAAUGAAGGAGUGCGCGCAACAGAAUUAACGGAACGCUUAGACUGGUUGGAUAAACACGUCAACAUGGAUAGCUUUGCGGAAAAUCUCCAGUUUACUUCGCAGACUAAUUUCAUGGGGCCUCGGUCGCUCGUUUAUGCCGGAAGUCUUUUGAAGGCAAAAAGCGGCCGAGAAUUGGUUGGAUUUUUAUUCAACGAUUUCUUCCUUUUGACUACACCACCACGCCCGUUAGUGGACAGUCUGGGAAAUUUUACGUUUGAAAAGCGCCAGUGGACAACCUGCACGCUGAAACUGUACAAAAAGCCGUUGUUGUUGUCCGGUUGCAAAGUGGCUUUAUUACCGGAUGAAAACACGUUUGCCUUAUCGUUUCCCCAUUCCGUCAGUAUCUUGCUAAAAGCCCCCACCGCGAACGAGUGUAAAUCUUGGAAUAAACAUUUUCAGAAAGCCGUUACUGAUUUCAGCGAAAUGGAAAAGCAGAUUAAUUCACCAAGAAAUCGUUCUAUCAAGUUACAUACUCCCGUGGGGUGUUGCCGGCUUAUCCUGGUGGAAGGAAUAGACCUGUGUCCAAGUGCUCGAAAAGGACAUUGUGAUGCAUUUUGCAAAGUAUCUGUGGGAUCACAAGAACAGCGGACUGCCGUAAUCGAGAACACAAUAAAUCCGAAAUGGGAUAAGAAUAUGACUUUUAUUAUCUACGAUUUGGAGAGUGAAUUUCUUUCGCUGACGGUUUUUGACUACAAUUCCUUCGCUGCCAACGGAUUUCUAGGGCGGACAGAAUUGAGACUGAAAAAUAUGCACAAGCAAACAAAAAGCUCGAAUAUGGCAAGAAGCAGAAAUCUGGUGUUGCAGGAAGUGAUGUCGGGUGAACUAGUCGUCAAAAUCGAUAUACAGUUAUUCCCACCCGAGUCUUCUGUGCUUCCCGCGGUGAUGCCCUUAAUGACUAUGCAUUAGUCUGUGAUUUUUACUGUACAGUUUGCAGUUUUUUGUGUUGAUUUUGCUUUUGUAGUCAGAUGACCAUGCCAAUAAAAUUCCAUGGGUUUUG